ACUCCUGUCAUGCCUUCAGCAAACCUGCUGUAUUUACCCUUCCGACGGCUGCGAAACCUAGGUUCACUCCGCUUUGCUUGUCCCCAGUGUGCUUCUGCUUUCGCAGACCUGUUUCGCACUGAACUCGGUGUUCCCGAAAGCAGACGACGUCGUAAGGGAGACGCGGAGAUAGCUAAACGACAGUCGCAAACAUCCGCAGAGGUCGAACACCGUUGAAGACGGAGGAAGGAACGUAAAGGCCAUCAUUUGCGUUUCCUCACUGUGAGCAAUCCUGCCAGCCUGGCAACCUAGCUGCACGCCUGUUAUUUAUUCGGCUCUCGCCUUCGCUUACUCUCUGACGCACGCGCUUAACGCAACAGGCUUAAGCGAGGACAAAGCAGCGGGGAAUGCAGUCGAACGCUUUGAGCGUGUCAGAUCCAGUGAAUCCGGAUCCUAGUCGGCGCUGAUUGGUGCACUGCGCUGAGAAGUCUGGUAACGAGAAGUUUCCGCGAAAGAGUGGGGGUACGUGACAGGCCGUAGAUGCGAAACGUCCUAGAGGCUUCCGUAAUGGCUGAUGCAGGAAGCGUCGAAAUGCAAAACGGUGAAGAACGGUGGAGAGGAGCGGCGUCGGAAGGGGAGGGGGUGGAAGCCAAGCAAGGCGAGUUGAGUGGAAGAGAGGGGGAGAAGCGAGAGGAGCAGCAGGAGGGGCGGGAAGCGCGGGAGGACAACGAAGACGGGGUGAAGGGUGACGAGAUGAAAGGAAGCGAGGUGAACGGCAACGGGGUGAACGGCAACGGGGUGAACGGAGACGGGGUGAACGGCAACGGAGUGAACGGCAACGGGGUGAACGGCAACGGAGUGAGCGGAGACAGGGUGAACGGAGACGGGGUGAGCGGAGACGGGGCGAGUCAAAAGGAGGAGGAGAAACGAAGAGAGGAGGAGGAGCGAGGUGAGCAGAAGAAACGAGAAGAGGAGAGAUUACAGGAAGCGGGGCGAGACAGGGAGAGGGCCAUAGAGAGGCUCAGGUCGCUGGCAGGCAGGCCGCCUGACAAUUGCUCCGGGGCAGCCGGGGAUCGCUCUGGGGCAGCUGAGGAUCGCUCUGGGGCAGCUGAGGAUCGCUCUGGGGCAGCUGAGGAUCGCUCUGGGGCAGCUGAGGAUCGCUCUGGGGCAGCUGGGGAUCGCCUUGCUGGUGCUCCUCCUGGCGCUGCUGCUGAUGGUGCCAGUGCUGCUGGUGCUGCUGCUGCUGGUGCUGCUGCUGCCGCUGUUGUUGCCAGCAAGAGUGAUGAUCAAUAUGAUGACGAGGACGAUGAUAGUGGCAGUGACGAUGACGAGGACAGUGCUGACGAGGAGAGCAGUCUGUCUGACGUGGACAGGAUCUGCAUGCUCGUGCACAGCGAUGUCUUUGUGCGAAGGCUCUAUCACAUCUGCUACAUGGCGGAAGCUGCCAGGAAGCUGGGCUUUGACAGGUCAGCAGCAGCGUUCGUCCCUCUGUGCCGCGGGCUGGCGAGUGACAGCGAGCCCGAGAUCCGCCAGACGCUCGCCGAGCAGAUCCCGCAGCUCGUGCGCGCGUAUGCCCCGGCGGGCAGCAGGGCGUGCGGUGCGCUGAUGGAGCUGCUGGGCGUGGCGAACCAGCUGCUCAUGGACGAAGCCGAGGAGGUGCAGGUGGCAAUGGAGGGGGGGUAUGUGGCCAUGAUGGCGUACGGGGCGGAGGAGGAUGCAGAUGUGGAGGCACUGGUGCUCGAUGCUCUUCUGCGCUUGGCAUCGCUCCCGCACUCGGAAACCGCACGCCUUUGUGCCGCCACCGUCCUUGAGCGCUGUGCACCUGUGACAAGCCGGUCCCUCUUCGAGCACCGCGUGGUGCCACACCUCCUCGCCCUCGCUGCUGACCCGCACUUCCAAGUCAGAAAGGCAGUGGCACAGGGCCUGCCGCACUGCUGCCGAGCCAUGGGGGGCAAUGCUGCAUGCCUGGACGGCUCCCUGCUCCCCCUCUUCGCCUCGCUCUGUUCAGACACCUCCUGGGCGGUGCGAGUGGCAUGUGCCGAGGGCAUAGUGGCAGUGGCAGAGGCUGUUGCUCAGAUCCCCAAGGGCGCCGCUGUUAGCAGUGAUGGCGGUGGUAGCGGCAGCGGUGGCAGCAGCGUCGCUAGUAGUAACGGCAGCAGUGGCAGCGAGGGAAGCAUGGGCAGCCAAGGAAGCAGCAGUAGUAGCAGCAGUGGUGGCAGCAGCGGCAGCAGCAGGAGCAGUGGGAGCAGUGGCAGCAGUGGGAGUAGGGGGAGCAGUGGGAGCGAGCGUGUGAGCAGCAACGGCGAGGAGGGGCUGGAGUCAGGGGAGGAGAGGGACGCCAUUGGAGCAGCAGCUGCUGCUGAAGGAGACACGGCAACAGGAGCUGGAGGAGGUGGGGAGAGAGGUGCUUCUGCAGUUGCUACAGCUGGGGUUGAGACAACAGCAGCAGCAGCAGCAGCAGUUGUUGGUGCUGGAGCAAGGGGGCGAGAGGCCGAGAUCGUACCUCUUGCUGAUGGAAGCGGUUCAGGGAGUGCACGGCUUGAAAGGGAGAUUCAGGCACAAGUGAUGCGAGGUGGUGGAAGGAGGGCGGAGCGUGUUGGGGAGAUUGAGGAGCUUGGGGAUGCUAGUGAGGAAGUGACUGGUGUGAGUGAAUCAGGUGUGACUGAGUGUCAUGUGAGUGAGGCGGAAUCACAUGCAGCAGUUGCAGGCUGCAGGGUAGGGGUCACAACAGCAGACGUGGAGGGAAGGGGAAUGGAGGAGGGCCGAGGUGAGGAGAAGGGGGGAGGGGAGGAGGAGGGGGAUGGUGGGCGAGAGGAGGAGGGGAAGGCCGUUGGCGAGUCUUCUUGGGUGAGGCAGCGCACUCAGCUGAUCGGGGAGCUCAUGGGGCGACUGGCGAGAGAUCCGUCAGCGUGGGUGCGGGAGGCCGCUCUUCAGAUGCUGGGGCCUCUGCUCUCCGUGCUAAGGGGCGCUGACAUGCGGGACCUGGUGCACAUGUUCACGAGCAUGGCACAGCCGGGGCCGGUGGAUGCUGACGAUGACGACGACCGCCUACCGCUCUACUGCGCCUUCAACUUCCCAGCCGUGGUGUUGAGUCUGGGCGCCUCCCGAUGGGCCGAGCUGCACACAGCAUACAGCCAGCUGCUCGCCUCCCCACAUCUGGCGGUGCGGCGCACGCUGGCGUGUCACCUGCAUGAGCUGGCGGGGCUGCUGGGGCCGCGCAUCGCGGUGCAGAGCCUGCUGCCGGCGCUGGAGUCACUGGUCACAGAUGAGGACGAGGUGCGCCUGGCCCUGGUGCCCACCUUCACUGCGUUCAUGGCGAGUCUGCCCGCCUCCCACCGCCCCCAGUGCGCGCACCUGCUGCCGCGCCUGCUGUGGCGCCAGGGGGUGGCGCCCGAGGAGAUGGAGGCGCAGGAGAGAGCAGCUCGGGCGGCAGCAGAGGCAGCAGAGGCAGCAGAGGCGGCAGAGGCGGCAGAGGCAGCAGAGGCAGCAGUAAUGGCAGCAAUGGAAGCAGCAGCAGCAGCAGCGAAGGCAGAGGCAGAGGCAGAAGCAGCAGCAGCAGCAGAGGAAGCAGAGGAAGCAGAGGGAGCAGAGGGAGCAGAGGGAGCAGAGGGAGCAGAGGGAGCAGAGGGAGCAGAGGGAGCAGAGGGAGCAGAGGGAGCAGAGGGGGCAGAGGGGGUAGUUGGAGUAGAGGGAGGAGAGGUGGGAGCGGGCUGCGCUCCAGCUGCAGUGGCAGCUGCCAGUGAAGGCGUGGAGAGUGGAGGCAGGCGACCAGAGGGGCUGGUAGUCACUCCCUUGAACCCACCUCCUGAUACGGACAGCCGACGUGCAGAGGGCACUGUUGCUCAAGGCCCCACUAAAGUGGGAUUCGUUAUCAGUAGCGGUCUAAGCCAGGAGGCAAGUGUAGACGAUGAUGAGUAUGUGGACAGCCCCCGGUACCCCCCUGCUAGUGCCCUCCUGGGUGCUCCUGGGGGUGCUGCUGGUGCAGAUGCUGUUGGUACUGUGGAUUCUGCUGGUGCUGCGGGUGCUGCUGGUGCUGUAGGUGCGGAUGCUGCUGGUGUGAGCGAUGGCAAUGAGAGAGGGGAGAGGGCGGCUGGGACAGAUGGAGAGGGGAGAAUCCAGGAUGGAGGAGAGGAGGGAAAUGAGGGACUGCGAGGGGAGACAGGGGAUCUGCACGGAGAGAACCCAGGAGCGGAGCAGCGAGGGGAUGAGGGGGAGAAGAAAUCAAGUGCCAAGGUGCGGGGAGAAGAGGCAGGAUCAGGAGGGGUUAGUGGCUCGGUUGUGGGGAGGAGGGAGGCAGGGGGGAGGGAGGAGAGUACUGGGCUUUGGGCGAAGCUGAUGAGUGGAUUGGCUGGUCUCGGGGCAGGUGGUUUGCUGGGGGAGAUGGCAUCUGGGGCAGGCGUGGAGGGUGUGGGAAGGGAUGUGGAGAGUAAGUGUGAGGGGUCGAGUGUGGGGGUGAGUGAGGGAACCAGGGAAGAUAGUGUGAGUGAAGGGAGUGUGCAUGGGAAAGAGGAGGGAGAGGCGGAGGGAGCAGAAGGAGCAGAGGGGAGACUGCAGGGGAAAUGGGCAGAGGUGAGAGGGGACCUUGGUGGUGAAGGUGAGGGUGCACCUGAGGGUGAUUCUGGUCGGGGUGAUUCUAAUGAGAGUGAUGCUGGCACACGAGGUGUGGCAGCAAAUGGAUCGCAUAUGGGCGAUUCUGCUGGUGGUGGCGGUGCGGCUGCUCCUGCUGGCAGCCACAGGGGAGCUGCAGGAGGAGCGUGCGGGAAAGAGGGGGAAGAAAAGGGACGGGAGGGAGGAGGCAGUGAGGGAGAGGGAGGAUGGAGGGAUGGGGAGGAUAGAGGGAAUAGUGAGAAGGGGGAAGGAGUGAGGAGAAUUGGGGAGCAAGGAGGCAGCAAAGAGGGGGAAGAGGGAGGAGAGAGAGAGGGGGAGGAAGGAGGCAGCAGAGAGGGGGAAGGAGGAGGGGGGAGAGAGUAUGGUGUGGGUGUGGAGGCGGUGUGGGACCGUGGAGGAGAGGGGACAGGUGAAGAGCCAGGGGAUAUGAGCAGAGUGGCAGCAGGAGAAGGGAACAGUGAGGCGGGCAGCGAGGGGGAUCCAGGGCAGGACGGAAGGGGGAGCAGUACGGAGAAGGUCGGGCAUGCACUCAGCACAGCACAGGAGGGAGGGGAGCACGAGCGUCACAGUGAACGUGUUGGACAGGGAGAGCACCAACCCAGAGCCAACCAGCAAGAUGGGCAGCUACAUGCCAGCAACGCGGAUGAGGGAGAGGGGCACCCAACUGGAACGACGCGGCAAGGGGCGGAGAACUACUCUGCCAGCAGCGGUCAAGAGGGGGCGGAGCAUGGGUAUCCUCCGUUAGGCCCCCGCGAGGGGGGGAGUGAGCGUGGUCCCUCCAGCAGCGGGCAGCAGUGUGGGGAGUAUCGGUGCCUAUCAGAGAGCUCUCAGAACGACCCCCCUGCGAGCAGUGCGCAGGAGGGCGGGGAGUAUCGGCUGCAGGUGCAGGUGGGCACGCCGGCGCCCAACACUGUGCGUGUCCAUGUGGCGGCUGCUGACUCGCCGAGGCCUCUGGUGCUGGGCGGCAGCAACCCGAGUGCGCAGCUGAGGACCCUGCCCAGCCGCAACCGCCUGCGGCCGCAGCUGAGGCUGCCAGGGCGGGAGAGCAGCUGGCACCUGCGACUUGCUGCACUCAGCCAAGCCUCAGACGUGGCUCAGCUGCUGCCGCCCAACAGCACCUCCCUGCCCCUCCUCGUUGACCUCGUGCUCACGCUCUGCAGGGAUCGAAUUGCCACCGUGCGGGAGGAAGCAGCCAAGCAGGCUGCCAAGCUGCUGACCCUCACUACCUUGUCUGCUGCCACGUCAGCAUCACUGCAAACAGCCACAGUGUCAUCCGUACCUGCCACUUCGCCUUGCCACUCAUCAUUAACCUGCAAACCAGCAUUUGCUGCCACGUCAGCAAGACAAGGGUCAGCAGAGCAUGCAGACUGUGUUGACUCACGUGCAUCCGCCGCGUAUGAGCCUGCUGACCCCUCAUCUGCCGAACCUCAUUCUGCUGACUCCACAUCUGCCGAACCUCGUGCGACUGACUUGUAUGCUGCCGAGCCUCAUGGUGGUUCGGGCUGCAGUGCAGUGUAUGGGGAUGGUGAAGCAAGGGGAGGCGAUGGGGAGAGUGAUGGUGGGGAGAGGCAGAGGAGUGGGGAGAGGCGGAGGGAUGGGGAGAGCAGUGGCAACAGUCAGCAGGGAGCUCAGGAGGAGGGGGUGCACGAGAGCACAAUGGCCAAUGUCAGCGGCCACAGUGACCAUUGCAAUCACCAUCGUGGUUCUGAUGGUUCUGCUGACUCGCACAGCCAUCGUGCUGUGAACGGGCAUCAUGACAUGAACAGCCCUCAGCGCCACGAUUGCCUCCCCCCUGAUCGCUAUCCUGUGGACAGUGGUCAGCGGCAGCACAUGCGCCAUUUGCCUGCAGAUUCUGCUAAUACCACACACCCCCGCUCUAACUCUUCCUCUUCCUCUCACACUCUCCCUCACACUCACUCUCACUCGCAUGCCCAUCCUUGUCCUGCCGCUCCCUCUGCUUCCCAUCCAUCUGCUUUGCACACUGACUCUGACGCCUUGGCGUCUGAGGCGCUCCUAUCGGCCUUGGCUCGCCUCGCCACCAGCCGCAACUUCCGAGACCGACAAACGUUCGGCAUAGCGUGUACGGAGCUGCUGGACUGCGUCGGCCCGACCCUGGCAGUGCCUUUCCCUCCCUCACCAUUGCAGUCCUUCCCUCCUCCCACCAAGCACACACACCCCUCCCCACACACACUCUCCUUGCCUACUCCACACUCUCUAGCUCUCCAAAACCAGGCCAACGCACACCUCCACGCAUCCUCUUUCCUCCUCUCAGCAAUUCUCCCGCUUCUCCUCCCCCUGGUCUAUGACAACGUGCCAAAUGUCAGAAUACGAGUGGCUGAGGCUCUCUCUGCCGCCUGGCCUGCACUGGAUGCCCUCAGUGUCACAGACCUGUCAAGAACAGCUGACAUGUCAAGAACAGCUGACACCGGUAUGCCAGCUACAUCAGCAACAGCACCACCACCACCACCGCUAGCAGUGCCACACAUAGCACCAGCGGCAACCGCGCUAGGAACAAACCUAGCAGAGCAGCUUAUGUCGGGGGCGCAACCGCAGCCAAUACCAGAGCAGGAGCAGGUACCAGCACCGCAGGCACGGCUGGAUGAGCUGCGAGUGUCAGUGGCGUCUGCUCUGUCGCUGCUGGAGGGUGAUGAGGAUGCUGACGUGGCAUGGACUGUUGUGGCUAGAGUGGCUUCCCCACACGAGUAUGGGAUGGGCUAAUCGCUUCUCCCAGCUUUGUCCAGCAGCCUAACACCAAACAUCAACACAAGGCUUGGCUUGCCUUCCUGUCUCAGGGAAUUGAACAAAUCUUAGUUGCUGGAUGGUAGAUCGAUUCAAUAGUUCACUCUUACCGGUAUUGCUAAGUCAAG